AGCUUUGUCAUGUGAUGGAAAGCAGUAGUAAGACAGGUGCCCUCGGUUCAUUCUCGGCGAGGGGCAGCAGUUGCCUGUGUGAGAGCGAGUGGGAAGCGUGCGUGGAUUUCUUUUUUACUUGAUUUUAUUUUCCCCCUUUUUUUUUUUUCGUUUUUUUUUUUUUUUUUUAUUUCUCGGAGCGUCAUUCAGUGUUUCUGGAUGGCGUGGGACAGGUGUAACCAGGACUCGGUGUGGACAGAAUUAGAGUGUGCUGCCUUGGUUGGUGAAGACCAGCCCCUCUGCCCAGACCUUCCUGAACUUGACCUCUCAGAGCUGGAUGUCAGUGACUUGGAUGCCGACAGCUUUCUGGGAGGCCUUAAAUGGUACAGCGACCAAUCAGAGAUCAUUUCUUCUCAGUAUGGGAAUGAAGCAUCUAAUUUUUUGGAGAAGAUAGAUGAAGAAAAUGAGGCCAACUUACUGGCAGUGCUUACAGAGACCCUGGACAGCAUCCCGGUGGACGAGGACGGGCUCCCUUCAUUUGAGGCCCUGGCAGAUGGGGACGUGACCAAUGCAAGUGACCGGAGCUGUGCCUCCUCCCCAGAUGCCUCACCUCACACCCCAGAGCCUGAGGAGCCUUCUUUGCUGAAGAAGCUCCUUCUGGCACCUGCAAACUCCCAGCUCAGCUAUAAUCAAUACACAGGUGGCAAGGCAAAGAACCAUGCAGCCAGCAGCAACCACCGGAUCAGACCAACACCUGCUGUCGUCAAGACGGAGAGCACCUGGAAUGGCAAAGCAAGAGGGGGCUCUGGCCAACAGAAUCGCCCGGUGAGGCGACCUUGCACUGAGCUACUUAAAUAUUUAACCGCCACUGAUGACAUCCUGCUCAACACCAAAGCCAGUGAUGCCAAGAGCACCUGGGGGGGUCCCAGUAGCAGGGACAAGAGUAGCCCGGGUCUUGGUGCCUCAUCCUCGUCCUCAUCGCCAUCCUCGUCAUCCACCUCCUCGUUCUCCUCCCUGUCUUCCACAUCUUCGUCCACUUCGUCCACCACCUCCAAGAAGAAGUCAGCUGUGUCAUCUCAACAGCAGCUACAACAGCAGCAGUUACUGCAGCAGCAUCACCAGCGAGGUGAGAGCCGGGCUGCAGGCCAGUGUAUUGUGGCUGGUCAUGGGUCUGGGAAGUGGAAGCGUUGCUCUCAGGAUGACGGGGUUAAGGAUUCGGAAGGUGCCUCUGUCCCCAUUGGUCGCAGAACCUACACCUGCGGCCAUGCCUGCCCAAAACAGGAGCACGGGCCGCCCAGUGAAGAAGGAAGGCCGCCAGGCAAUGUUGGCCGUCUGGCUGCCGCUAGGUUCAUUAGGUAUAUGCAUUCUUAUUCCCUCCCUCCCCGAGAGGUGAGUCACAGCUGUGAGCAUUGCCGAGAGGCUGCAGGCGCCACUCAGGCUAGGCAAGGGUUUGGCAGACAAGGCCGUAGUAGCAAUGACGUUGCCAGCAGUGCGCCUCAUAGGAUCACAGUGACGAUUAAGAAAAGAGAUGUGAAGCCAGGACACCCUUUACUUAGCCAGCUGCUUACCUCCAAACAGAGGCCGACUCAAUUUCUGGCUCAACUCCACCAACUCUCAGUAUCCUCUGCAAGUAGUGUUAGAAGCAAAACGGCAGGUAAGAGAUCUAGGAGCCCAUCCAAGAUUUUGUUCAAGGGACAAGAGAGGGAAGUCAAAGAUGUCUCUGCUUUUAUAAACCAGACUCAGGAAUCAGAUCCAGGACCUCCAUUGUCACCUAUUACAUUAGACAUACACAGCUGGAUCAGUCAGCCGGAACCAGGGCUAGAUUGGAGCUUUGGACGAGAGCCUGGGUGGCCAAAGCAGGGAGGCUUUGGGGAGGAUGUGGACCAUGAUAAUGAUGGUGAUGGUGUUGUUGUUGAUGAUGAUGAUGAUAACCAUGUCAUAGGCAGCCCUGCUGCAGUGCUCUCUCAGGGCCCACCCCUCAGCCCUCUCCUCCCAGAUACUAGCAUUGCAGAGCCCUCCCCUCCCUGCAUCAUACAAGGGCAAGGCCCCCCACACAGGCAGGCACUCAGCGAGCACCCCGAUGACCAGGGAAACCUGUUGUUAGCCAAACCAACCACCUUGCCACUUCCUUUGACCCCAGAGUCUCCAAAUGACCACAAAGGAUCACCCUUUGAGAACAAAACCAUUGAACGCACAUUAAGCGUGGAGAUUGCCGGAACCCCAGGUUUGACACCACCUACCACGCCUCCACACAAAGCCAGUCAAGAGAAUCCUUUCAAAGCAUCACUGAAAACCAAGUUGUCCUCAUGUUGCUCCUCGGCCUUGACGUGCAAAAGAGCCAGGCUGAGUGAGUUGGGUGCCGGAGCUUCGGCCCUGGCCCCAGGUGCCUCAGCCGGGGGCCCCGCCAAGAAGGGUCCUGAACAGACUGAGCUCUAUGCGCAGCUGAGCAAAGCAUCCACCGCCCUUCCUUACACCAUUGCUCAAUGUGCAGUGGGGGGCGAAGUUGAGGGACACUUCAGCACUGGGAACAAUAAGAAGGCCGCUGGGCAAGAUGGCCACAGUGACCAUGACUAUUGCCAUGUACUGGCAGCCAGUAAGAAGGAUGGGGGCACAGCAACUGUUUCCAUGGCUACAUCUAUGGAAAUGACAUUCACCCCAGGUGCCAUCUCCACUGGCAAGGAGGGGAACAGGCACACAGAAUGUAUGGACUUAGCCAUGUCAACAUCUUUUCUACCAUCUUCAGGUUCUACACCAUCAAUCUCAAUUUGUGAUUUGACUAAAGAGCAGAAUUUUGUCCAACUGGAUGGAAACACUUGCUCUGUAAGGGACAUAGGGGAGCAUACCCAUCCUCAAAUCACUCAGAUGCUCACACAGGGGGCCACUGUUGUUAGGGACCAAUUGCCACCUUCUGCCACCAGCCGGAAGCCCCUGUGUGACCAGGAAAUCAGAGCAGAACUCAACAAGCACUUUGGCCCUCCCCUACAAGCUCUCUUUACUCAGGGUGAGCAGGAGAGAAUUGAAAGCAGUAAACCAAACAAGCCUACAACCCCCCAAUCCCCUGAGGGGGGUGAAAUUGACUUUUACUCCCAGAGGCUGUCAGGAUCCAGCUACCUGCACCCAGGGUCACUGUCCUUUCAUGAUGAGCUCGAGCUGGACGAGGAUCGUGAUAAUCGCUUUGUCUUUCCAUGGGAGGGUACCCAUCUGGACUUUCUAUUUGACUGCCCUCCCCGUUCUCCCUCUUGUUCUCCACCAUCCACAUGCUCCCCUUCACGAGGUUCAAUCUCCCCAACAUCUUCCCUUCUCCUGUCACCUGGCCGAUCGUUCUGCUGGAAUGGCAGUGGGUCCCGUUCCCGCUCUCGGUCCCACUCUGGCUCCCGCAGUUCCUCAUCACGAUAUCGCAGGCGCUCUCUGUCCAGCUCACCAGACAGGCACCCCUCCUCUUGGUCUCAUCAUACCUCCGAUCUCAAUGCUUUCCGCUCCAGAAUCCAUAAGAGCCCCAACCCUCAGUCUCGAUCUCUGCUCAGCCGCAGGCCAAGAUAUGACAGUUAUGAAGAAUACCAGCAUGAGAGACUUAAGAGGGAGGAAUACCGCCUGGAUUACGAGAAGCGGGAGUUUGAAAGGGCCGAGCAGAGGGAGAAACAAAAGCAAAAAGCAGUGGAGGAAAGACGGGUGGUGUAUGUGGGGCGACUGAGGUCCGACUGCAGCCGCUCAGAGCUGAAGCGCCGCUUUGAAGUCUUUGGGGAAAUUGAAGAAUGUGCAGUGAACCUAAGGGACGAUGGGGACAAUUUUGGCUUCAUCAUGUACCGUUACACCUGUGACGCCUUUGCCGCCCUUGAGAAUGGACACACCCUCCGUAGAUCAAAUGAGCCUCAGUUUGAGUUGUGUUUCGAUGGACAAAGGCAGCUCAGUAAAUCACAAUACACAGACUUGGACUCCCAUUCGGAUGACUUUGAUCCAACUUCCACGAAGAGCAAAUAUGACUCCAUGGAUUUUGACAGCCUGCUAAGAGAGGCCCAGCGCAGCCUGAGAAGGUAACCAGCUCCGGGGCGCCCGAUGUCUGUGUCACAAAGAGGAACUUCUUAUACCUCAACGUCGUUUCUCGCCUCAUCAGCGAUGAGACCACCAGAAGUUUUAUGCUCUGUCAAAGAGCUCCUGAGAAGAAUUCUAUAGACCUAUAUGAAAAAAAAAUGAAUAUAUUAAGAAUAAAAGUUUACAUGAACAUAGCUGCUCAAGAGCUGGGAAGAAACAUUUCAUCCUGGGAAUGCCAGUCAACUCUCAAACUUGGAUGCACUCUACUGCUGUAAAACCAGUUAAAAGAAGAAGGAAAGACUUUUUGAUUUCCUUUUUUCCAAGCACUAAAAUACCUACAUUUUUUUUAAAGUGAAAAACAAGCAGUUCUUUCAGUCAGAUCUGUUUCCUUUGCUCCUGAUUUUCUUUUGACUCUUUUAAGUCUGGUAUUUUGUAUCUGGUGUUACAUUACAAACAGGAAAGUGAGACAAGUGAGUUUUGAAGGUAAAAUUCAAAAAGUAACAUUGUGGUCUACAUUUUAAAGGAGUAAUGUAGCUGUGUAUUUACAAAUGCUAUUAAAAAAGGACUAUUUUUAUUUUAUGUACAUAUCAGAGUUCUUUAUUUGUUACAGCUAUGCACUGUAAAACGCAGCCUUUUUUUUUUUUAAAAGAGAAAAUUUCUUAAUUCAGAAUGUUGAUCUGUAGUAAUUACAAUACUGUUAAACAUAUUGUACACCUACAUGAUGUUUAGAAGACAUGAUAUGAUUGUAAAAAAAAAAAAAAAAAAGAAAAAAGUAAAAAAAGACAUGUCCAAUUGCUCAUUUUGUGAGAGCAUGUGAACAAAUGUUCCUUUUUUUAGUUAUUUUGUUUUGGUGGGGGAAAAACUGCGAAACCAUGUAUAGUUUUUUGUGUUUAUAAAGUUUGUCAAUCAGUGUUUUUGCCUAAGCAACCAGUCUAAAAUACAUUUUUAAGGUGUUUUUCAUGAUUGUUCCACAUUUUUAACCAUCACCCAUCAUUACAUAAUAUAUUUGUUCUUUUUCUGGGGUUUAAAAGGUGAUUACCCUUGAUAGAGUAAACAGCCAAUCAGCACAGAUAUAUUUAUGUAUUUAUUUUAAUAUUUGAAUCAAAGUAUAUUUAUGGACUCCAUUUUAAAAUGGUGUACCUUAUUUUUUUUUUUCCUAUUUAUGUCUCAUGUUAACUGAUUUUUGUUAUUUAACUUGCAAUCACUAGACAGGGUGUACAGUAAAUAACGCUUUGGUGGGGAUGUUAUUACCUUCUAUGCCUUCCGAAACAAUCAAGCUCAUCAGUCCAGCCCCUCAUUCUUUUUUCAGGAUUGACUUUGUUUGGUUCACUUGUUUUUAAUAAGUUACAGAUGACAUGAAGCAAUAAAAUGAUUUUAUAGAAAUUUUGUUGCGAAAACUUAAAUAUUGCCAUCAUCACUCCGCUCAUGCUUGAUUAUGUGAAUGCCAAACUAAAGUUUACAAUUUUCCUUUUCCUGAAUUUUAUAAAGAUCUUGUAUUUGAUGUAAAACAUGUAUAUCACUGAUAUUAUUCACACUAAUAAAAAAUGACAAUAGUGGCGAUUAUGAUCAAAAUUAAAGAAAAAAAUCUGUAAAAAAAAAAGCAAUAAAUUAUUUUUCAGAGUUGUAUUUUAGCUCCUAAUGUCGUGCGAUUUUUAGGACUUUGACCCAUUACCCAGUCGCUGGAGUAGUUAAUACUCAUCCACUACCCCUCCUCUUCAAGAUGUAGCUGAGUCUCUGUGAUUGUGACAUACACAUUUCCUUGUGACAUCUGUGCAAACGUGACUGACUCUUUAACUCCACCCCGUGUGUGUAAAAACAUGCCCAGUCAAAGCUGAUUGUUGUAUGUUGCAUGGCUAUUUGAGGACAGCGGCUGGUUUAAAGCCUAAAAUGUAUUUAAAUACAUUCUUUUCAGCUGUCUGAACUGGCACAGUUUUUAAAUUUGUCGUUCCAAAAGCCAAAAGAAACUCUCUUUAACAUGCUGCUACCGCACCAACUCAACCCUCCCCUCCCCUCCCUUGUCCAAGUCCAGAAAUCACAGCGCCGUCAACGUGACAUGAAAGGUAACCUUGCGGUUUCUGGUUCAAUUAAUAUCCUGUUUUUAGCAAGAGCCAAGUAAUGAGAAAACCAACUAUAAAAGCUUAGCUGAUCACAGGCUCCCUUUCAUGGAGUUUGACUCUGAGACAAGAAACAGUUAAUUUUAAUGAUGCAAAAAGGCAAAAAUUGGUUGAAGGAUGUAAAAAAAAAAUCCCUUUACCUUUUUUAUGAUAAUGCUUAGCUUUUUUCUUUUUGCUGUAUGUAUAGCGUUUGGGUAAUGGUGUCGUGUCCCACUUCAUAGAUGUGGCUUUAAUCAUUGUAAUAAAAAAGUAAAAAUGCUUUGUAAAUUGCUUAGAGUAGCAAUAUAUUACAACACCUCCAAGUUCAAAUUACAACUUUGGUGGGCUUUUUUUUUUAAUGAAAGGAGCCGUUGAGUUUCUUGCCACUGCUUAAACAUUUGUUUUGUAAUCAUGUUUCUUUUGGAAGGACGAUAAUGUUCAUUGGUAAGUGUGUAAGUGUCUAAAAGUGUGAUUGGAGGGAUGUAUGUGUGUUUUUUUGUGUGUGUUUUCUGAAAAGGGGUUAGGGGUUGUCGCUACCUGUUUGUGUCCUAUUCACGUUGCCUUCUGCCAAGUCCUUACCAAUGCCUUUGUGGUUCUACCUACUGUACGACUUUCUUGUGACUUUUAUUUUAUAUGUGCAAUUCUCAUCAGCCUCACCAUGCCAAUAAAGGGAAAAUGUGUUUGAAAAACUGU